AUGGCUGCCCAGUCUCAGUCUAGCAAGCGCGCCUGGAAGCUAGAAGAAUUCGUUGCUCAUACUUCAUCAGUAAACUGCUUAUCAUUGGGUUCUAAAUCCGGACGUGUUAUGGUAACUGGUGGAGAAGACAACAAGGUCAAUAUGUGGGCUAUUGGUAAACCGAAUGUAAUCAUGAGCCUCUCUGGUCACACUUCACCUGUUGAGUGUGUAAAAUUUAAUCCGACUGAAGAAUUAGUAAUGGCGGGAUCGAAAUCCGGAACGUUGAAAAUUUGGGAUCUAGAUUCUGCUAAGAUUGUUAGGACUUUAACUGGUCAUAAAUCAAACAUUCAGAGUCUCAAUUUUCAUCCGUAUGGUGAUUUUGUGGCAUCCGGUUCACUUGACACGAAUGUCAAACUUUGGGAUAUCAGAAGAAAGGGUUGCAUAUUUACCUAUAAGGGUCAUACAGAUGGAAUUACUGCAAUUGAAUUUAGCCCUGAUGGGAGAUGGAUUGUUUCUAGCAGUGCAGAUAGUAGCGCUAGGUUAUGGGAUUUAACUGCCGGUAAGAUAUUACACUCAUUCUCACAUAAUGGACCAGUGAACACUAUAGAAUUUCAUCCCAAUGAAUUUUUACUUGCAACAGGAAGUUCAGAUCGGAGAAUUAAAUUUAGUGAAGAUGGUUCAGUUAUUUUUAGCGGACUGCAAGAUGUUUUGAAGGUAUAUAACUGGGAACCAAUACGAUGCUAUGAUACUGUGCAAGUUGGAUGGGAAAAAAUUGUAGAUUUCACAGUUACUUCUAACCAGUUGAUCGGUGCAUCAUUCAAUCAAGCGAACGUUUCCGUUUCAAUUAUUGAUAUAGAGAAAUUGAACAUGACUGGCUCUAGUGGACAACACAUGGGUAUCACCCAAGAUCAUACUGCGAAAGUCGACAUAGCUAGGUUGGAAACGUCUGAAAUUCCAAACUCUGAAAAAGCCCCCACUUCACAGCGACAAUCCUUAACCGAUAUGGGCGAAGUUGAGCGACUUUCCUCUCCGGCACGCGAUAGCAAUCCUAAAGAUAUCCCUGUAGAUCCCUUCAAAACCGAAGUUGGUGCUGUAGGUGAUACUAAACAGUCGAAAUCGAAUGAAAAGUGCGAAGUAGAAAAUUUAUCUGAGAAGACUACCGAUGCAGAUGACUUACAGUCCUGCCAGAAUAACAAAAGAGUAAGCUCUGCUAUUUCAUCGGAAGCCGUAUCUGUUACGCUAAAAGAAAAAGCACCGGAAAUAGACCUAUCACUUUUUCCUACUGAAAAAACAGACUCCAAAAUAGAUGAAAAUAAAAUACUACUUGAAUUAUUAAAAGAUCAUUCAGUUAUCUGUUCAGUCAUCGGUAAUCGAAUUCAGAAUUUGAAUGCUAUCCAUGAGCCCUGGAUGAACGGAAAUAUAAAGGAUUCAAUUGAUAAAGCCAUUCAAAUUCAAGACACUGCCGUUCUAGUAGACCUAUUAAACAUAUUGAUACGCAACCAUAAAUUAUGGACCCUCGAUAUUUGUGCUUAUACGCUACCUCAAGUAAAAACCCUAAUUCAAGAUAAACGGGAGUGUUAUAUCCGCGUGGCCUGCCAAGUGCUUCGGUUAAUCCUCAAAAACUUUGGAUCUUUAAUCAAAUCCACUCUUCGAUCUACAGAUUUCGUAACUGGUGUAGAUAUUACAAGAGAAGAAAGGCUCGAAAAAUGUAGAAUUUGCUACGAAGAACUAUCUAACAUUAAGACCGUUAUUUCUGAAAAAGCUAUGAUUUCUGGAAAGAUUGGAGGAACUUUUCGUGAACUGCAGCUAGCUUUUGCUACAGCAAUCGAUUAA